AUGUGCGAGGAAUUGCGAUGCUAUCUCAUGAGGCGUAUGGUUCAACAUAAGAGACUAAUAGAGUGCCAUCACGAAAAGCUUAUACCAGUUAAAGAGAAAAGGUUGAAGCGACUUGUCAAGCCAAGUAACAAAUGGACUGCGGAGUGGAUUGGUGAUAACGAGCGCAAGCAUUUUGAGGUCACCUACAAGGGAUCUAAAUUAGAUGUGGAUCUGAUCAAGCAUACAUGCACAUAUAAUAGGUGGCAACUAACCGGAAUGCCAUGCACUCAUGCCGUAGCUGCAAUUAGGAAAAGACAUGAUAACAUGGAAGAUUAUGUGCAUCCAUGGUUAUACAUGGAAUCUUUGAAGAAGACUUACAAACACUUCAUCCAGCCUGUAACUAGUGAAGAGUUCUGGAUACGGACGGAUCAAACUAGGCCUGAUGCACCUGUCAUUAAAAGGCUAAUCGGUCGUCCAAAGGUCCAUAUUAGGCAGAAAGACCCAACAGAAACUGUAAUUGAAGGUGAAAAAUUGAAAAGGAGUUUCUAUGUGAAAUGUAGCAAGUUUGGUCAGACAGGUCACAACUAUAAGACCUACAAGAGUGUGCCAUCAAACCCAAAUUGA